ACCAUUAAUUCCCUAAUAGUUCUUGUAUUGAAAAACUAAAAAUAAAAGUAAAUAAGAUGACUCGAUUAAAUAAACUUUGGCAAAUAAAAUAAUCCUUCUAAACAUACAGCUUACACAGGACGCAUGCAUAUUGCCUCUCUCGGGAUCUUCCGCUGCAAUUAAUUGUCCGGUGUGACUCUUCGUCUCUAGUCCUAUUUCAAGCAAAACAACAGACACAAAAGAAAAACAGAGUCUGAUUAUUGCGGUUUUAGAUAUAUAUAUAGAGAGAGAGAGACUACUCUACCCGAGUACGAAGUCUGAACAAUGGCUCCGAGAGGAAGACCUCGAAAGCGGCGUCUAACGCGAAUGGACGCUGCAAUUGACGCCAUGAAUCAACUUGGAUUCCCCAAAGAUCUCGUUCGCAAAACAGCGAAAGGUCUUCUCAAGGAGUAUGGUGGUGAUGACGGGUGGGCUUUUAUUGAAGGGGAUGCCUAUAAGCUUCUCAUUGAAACCAUCCUUGAUCAGCAAGAGAAACGUGAACAAGAGGAACUUAAAUGUGACAAACAGGAAAUUGUAUUGAAGGAUGAGUCAUUGCAAGAAUGUAUAGCUGGAGGCAAUGCUGUAGCAGUUGCUGCUGGACCCUCAGGAGGAUUUGCACCUACAUGCUCUGAGGUCGUGGACACUGUUGCACCGAUCACUGAAGGCGAAGGUGAGAAGCGUCAUCUGCGAACUGAAACGCUAUCUAAAAGAGAUGGAAAGGACCGAAACUACAGUCAGAAAAGAACUGUUAAUGUCAGUAGCAUUUUUGCUUUGAAUGUUGGAGGUGGAAUUCAUGUUGACGACAUUCCGAUUUACUCUCCUCCACCGGUUGUCCCCACUCCAUCACCAGUCAACAGUCUUCCAACCCCCCGUAGGCGUAAGCCUUGCUAUGGGUGGAUCAGCAGCAGUGAUGACGAGGCUGACGAUUUUGUGCAAUUAGCCCCAGCAACACAACUAACACCAUAUGUGUAGUCUGAAAAUGUGUGAAGUCUCUCUCUGCGCUGGUGGUGUGUGUGUAAGCAGCGUGUAGUUUUUGUACCUAGUAGUUGCAUAGGAAGGCUGCUUGACAUGAACUCUUGUUUCUCUUAUUAGAUAUCCCAAUAGAAUAGAAAAUUUGGAGCUUUUUACCCUUUUGAUUAAUGAUUUUCCUUUAUUUUGUCUAUGUUCUAUUUUGCUAUGAUUCUGACUAUAAAGUGCACGAAUUUGAAAGGAUGAAAUGGUUAGAAUGUUUGGUUGGGGAUGUCA